GACUGGAGCAGGCAUGCGGACAUUUGCAAGGCUUUCCAGCUCGGCAAAUUCGAAGCCGGGGCAGUGGCGAACCUCAUGAGCAAUGUGUCGGAGCCAGUUCGGGCUAUGGUGACCUCUGACGUGAGAAAGAGGGGAAUGAGAACUCUGAUAUUGCAUGAGGCCAUCGCCAAAGACGUGCUGAACCGUGGCUUCACAUCAGGCCGAGACAGAUUGGUGACUUUGUUUUGGCAUCGCCUCAUCAACGACCACGACAAGACCCCUCGGGAGCUGCGGAAGCCCAGCAGCUACCGGGACUGUCUGGCCUUGCAUAGCAUCUGCGGCGGCUUCACCCAUUUCCUGGCCCAGCUGGAGAAGGCCAUCCCGGAGGCGGACUUCAAGAAGGAAGAUGCCUCCCUGAAGCAGCUCUUCAUGAGCGGCGUCCUCGACCCGGAGAUCCAAGGUGCCUUGGAGAAUGCCGUGCCACCGGGCGACCUGAAGUCCAUCGGGCAUCUGAGGACGAUUUGCAACGACGUGCAGCAUCGGUGUGCUGUGGAGGUCGAUGCUCGGAACGAAGAGCUGGCUCGAAAGCUGUCCGAGGCGACAUUUGCUCAGCUGAAAGCUCAAAUCGAGACUGAUUUGGAGACUCUCAAGCAGCGGGUGCCGGACUCGAACACAAUGGCCAUGCAAGCGGCCAUGGAUGUCAAGUACAUCAAGGAUCGACAACAGACUGGCAACGACUGGGUGGCAAAGUGGCUAUCUGAGAACUGCCGGGUGAUUUUUCCCACCGAGGAUCAAUUGGGCCGCUCCGUGGCACAGUUCUCCCAGCUGGUCUUGUGCACCCUCGAUUGCACGGUGUACCCGAGCAAUGCAAAGAUGCUGCAGACCCUCAUGGACAUGUUGUGCACUGUGCUCAACAUGUCACCCGACAACAUGUGUCAUCUUCAGUGCCCCCAACACCAGGCCCAGACCAGCGUGAAUGCAGCCCUGAAACACCGUCGUGCCCUGGAAGACGGACUCAUCAAUCGUUCAUUGGAUUUGAGUCGGGGUGUCACCCUGCUGUUCCAGAAAGAUGCGACUGGACGUGCCUCAGACAAAAGGCCCGGAACACAGAGCUGUUAUGCUGUCUUCUCUCAGCAUUGCCGAGCAGCCUGGCUUCUUGGGCACGAUGCCAUGAUCGUGUCUGGCGUGCAGCUUUUUUUUGUGACCUUCUUGGGAAGCAAGAACUGUCAGGUUUCCCAGAGUGCCUGGCAGAAGUCAGAGCCGUUGAACAACCAGACCAUCGGCGACCUGGCUUUGGUCAAGGUUUCGGAAAUGAAAGGGUACGACUCUGAGAACCGUCCAUCUGCGGCGGCGAGGGUGGAACAGCAGCUCGAUUGCAUCAGUGG